UGCUUUUUUUUUAAACAGAAAGGCGAACAACAUCCAUUAUUGCAUCCUAACGACUUUUGUCUAGGGUUUAUGAAUGAGGUAAUGGAAAAAAAAAUCAAAGAUUUCCCAAAAAUAAUAUGUAUGGAUGGAACCCACUGUACUAAUCAGAAGGGAAUGGAUUUAACUGUGAUGCUUGUGAAAGACGAUAGGAAUAUGGGAUUUCCAGUGGCCUUUUUUCUUAGCAAUAGAUUAGACCAGUUGACUCAAGAAGUUUUCAUGAAAGCACUGAGUGAGAAACUUGUGGAUAGAAUAGAGCCGGAAUAUUUCAUGAGUGAUGACGACCCAAAAUAUUAUAAUGCAUGGGUAAAAGUAAUGGAAAAUAGACCAAGAAGACUUUUGUGUACCUGGCAUGUGAUUAAAAACUGGGUGAUCCAAGACAGAUCUAAGAUAAAGAAUGAGCAAAUAAGGAAAACAAUGAAAAUUGAAAUGAAGAAAAUACUGAAUGAAACCGACAUUCACAAAUUUGAAGAAAAGAGUCAGAAAUACUUUGAAAAACUGGAAAAUUCUGAAGAAUUUAUGUUUCUCAAUUAUCUCAAAAAGUAUAUUAAUCUAGCAAUAUUCCCCAAAUAUUUCAAAAUAAAAAUUUCUAUGUCUUUUACAGUUUGUUAA